AUGGGUACCGUACCCACGACCGCACCGUACCGUAUCGAAAGGAUGAUAGCGAAACCCUCUUACCACAAUCAUUUAAAAUCAUCAGACCGUAGUAGCAUUAUUCACAAAAACGCCCAAAGGAAGGAUACUAACCCAGCAAGAGCACCACUUUCUUUUAAAGCCUUAUCUAUUUGGAAAGAAGAGUUUGAAUGGGUUCUCCGUGAAGAGGUUCACGCUAUAUUACAUCAGCUUCAUUCGGUUUUAGUCGAGUGUGCUCACAGAUUUCCUGUGCCACUGUAUGGAAAUGAAGGGCAAAAACAGGACAAAUUCAUUUUGACAUCACAACCAGAACAGCUUAAAUGUAUAGUAACUCUGACUGGUGAUAGUAUCACUAAUGCUGAUAUAAGCUUCAAGGUUUUGCGGCAAUUGCAUACUAUAUGUCGUACUUCAAUUAACCAGGAUGGGCCAUGGAAAUUGCAGCAGAUACAGGAUGCUGCUAAUCAUCUACAGCAGGCCAUAGGUUAUAUUGAUAAUGUCGAUAAGCACUAUGUGUUCAGAUCAUCAGAAGAAGUCUUGCACAUCAUUCAAUGUCUACUUGGUUCUCUUCAAAGAGCCCGUACUGCAUUAGUAUUGCCUAAGAAAAAAGCAAUUGAUGAGUUAAUGAAAAGUAGAAAUAUGAAAGCCUUAUCCCCUAAUUUACCUGAAGACUUGGCAAUUUCAUUUUACAUACAGUCACAUAAGCUGAUAUUUGUGGCAUACCAACUAAGUUCUGUUCAUGGCACUAUGAGGAUUGAUUCUUGCCAAGCGGAUUGUGCUGUGCCAUGGUUGAGUGAUGUGCUAUUCAUGCUCACAGCUGCUCUUCAUAUGUGUCAACAACUUAAAGAUAAGGGUUCCACACUCAAGGGGUCCAAAAAGAGCCCUACUGCCUUCAUUCGCAUGAAGAGCACACGCCGGGGUGACAACACGCAUACGCCUGUAAAGGGUAUCAGCGAAUCUUCCGAGCCCGAAAAACCGGUUGCUGCACCUGUCGACCUGGCCAGGGGCUCUCCAAAGGAAGAUGAGGUCCAGGGUAAGGCGAAGGAGAACGCCACCGGAAAUAAUCACACCAGUGAUAUAAAAAAUUCUUUUACCGCUCGACUUGACUCCUUCGAGCGGAGAAUUGCGGUGUUGGAGCAACGUCAAGUGGAUCCUGAUGCAACUGGUAGGAUGGACUUGGAGCGCACCAUAUCCGAGCUGUGCGCCACGAUCAGGAGGCAUUGAUGUCCGACCUGGAGAUCGGCGGGUUGCCCGAAGAGAGGGGCGUCAGCGUGGAGCAGAGCGUCACCAUGCGGCUAGGAGUGACUCUCGACAAGGCGGGACGUGGUAUUCGUGGAGCGUGUGGGCGCGCCGCCCGCCGAGGCGCGGGGCUGGCCGCACCGUGUGAUGGUGCGCCUGGCGCGCCGCCAGCUGCGUGACGACCUCUUGACGGUCGCGCGUAUGCGCCGCAGGAUCGCUGUUGCGGAGGAUUCGGAGGACGGCACCCCGGACAUCGCUGUCGAUGGUGGCCCGCUCGUCACCGCCGUGGGAGGCGGUGGUCGGAACUACAUCAACGAGCGCCUCACGCGCGCCUACCGCCAGCUUAUAUAACUCCAAGCAGGCCCUGCCAGAAUAUCAGAGCUGGCGCGACAUAAUGUCGUAUCAGCUAACGCUGAGGCAGGGUCCUGGUUAGUCCUUACUAUAUGAGUUCCUUUUAACAUGUUGUAUUUUUUAAGGGUUUAUAAAAAAUAUUUUCUUUCUUUCUUUCUUUUAACACCCCCCACUCCGAUCGGCACAGCGGUGCGCGCUUUGAAAACCGUGCGUCGUCAAACGUCGUUUCAGUUCGGCAGGCUUCGGCACAUUGUUUGCGUGCGUGCUACUAGAUAUGCGUGUAGACUAGCUGCUAUAGAACUGUUAACUGUUUCUAUCUCUUUUAGACAUAAUGCUACGUGAGACAGCGUGCUUUUUGGCCGCGUUCACGAGUGAGUUCGAGCCCGCGACUAGUUGAACCUUAACGUGCAUGUAUAUGGCAUGACUGUACAAAGCUCGCAUGUAAGAUUAUAAAAACAUUUUAAACAAUAUUAAAUUCGCAUUUAUUCAAUAAAAGAAAAAAAAUGUUUUCUUAUCGGUCACCACGCUCAAAAAGUGUAACUUGAAUUAGUAUCAAGAAAAAAAAUACUGCAUUAAUAAAAUAAAUAAAUAAUUAUAAUUCCAUGUUGCUAAAAAAUGCUAUGCAAUAGCUUUACCGCGGCAGUCCCCGAGUGCCACACGUUUUUUUACUUUAAUGCGAGAUCAGCUAGUUCUUUCUUUAUGUAUUUUAUUGUAAAUGAAAUGUCGAGACCCAUAAAUUUUAUAUUUCAUUUAAGGAGUAUUAAAU